GAAAAACAAUACCCUUACAGUACCUGAUGUUGUAUGUAUUCAUUGAAUCGAAUAUUUCCUAAGUCCCGCGACAUGUCUAACAAUAAUGCCGAGAUAUGGUAUCGCUGGCGAGCGCGGGCGCGCACCGAAAAAACCUCACCUGGCAGAGGCUGGUGACGCCGCUGGCACAAGACGCUAUAAAAACCAAUCCCGCCUCUCUGAGCAUCCAGUCGCAAGCGAGCUCAUCAGCCGUGUAUAACUCUGUCUUAGUAGUGAGCAGUGAUCAACCACAGCAGACAACAUGUGUGACGACGAUGUAGCGGCUCUUGUCGUUGACAACGGCUCCGGUAUGUGCAAAGCCGGGUUCGCCGGAGACGAUGCCCCCAGGGCCGUCUUCCCCUCGAUCGUCGGUCGCCCCAGGCAUCAGGGAGUGAUGGUCGGUAUGGGUCAGAAGGACUCGUACGUAGGAGAUGAAGCCCAGAGCAAGAGAGGUAUCCUCACCCUGAAAUACCCCAUCGAGCACGGUAUCAUCACCAACUGGGACGAUAUGGAGAAGAUCUGGCAUCACACCUUCUACAAUGAACUCCGUGUGGCCCCUGAAGAGCACCCCGUGCUGCUGACAGAAGCCCCAUUGAACCCCAAAGCCAACAGGGAGAAGAUGACCCAGAUCAUGUUUGAGACCUUCAACACACCCGCCAUGUAUGUAGCCAUCCAGGCCGUGCUUUCCCUGUACGCUUCCGGUCGUACCACCGGUAUCGUGCUGGACUCCGGAGAUGGUGUCACCCACACCGUACCAAUCUACGAAGGUUACGCCCUGCCCCACGCCAUCCUCCGUCUGGACUUGGCUGGCCGUGACUUGACCGACUACCUGAUGAAGAUCCUGACCGAGAGAGGCUACUCAUUCACCACCACCGCUGAAAGGGAAAUUGUCCGUGACAUCAAGGAAAAACUGUGCUAUGUCGCCCUGGACUUCGAACAGGAAAUGGCCACCGCCGCUGCCUCAACCUCCCUGGAGAAGAGCUACGAGUUGCCUGAUGGACAGGUCAUCACCAUCGGUAACGAGAGGUUCCGUUGCCCAGAAGCACUCUUCCAGCCUUCCUUCUUGGGUAUGGAAUCUUGCGGUAUCCACGAAACCGUCUACAACUCCAUCAUGAAGUGCGACGUCGAUAUCCGUAAGGACUUGUACGCCAACACUGUCCUUUCCGGAGGCACCACCAUGUACCCAGGUAUCGCCGACAGGAUGCAGAAAGAAAUCACUGCCCUGGCUCCCUCAACCAUCAAGAUCAAGAUCAUUGCUCCCCCAGAAAGGAAAUACUCCGUAUGGAUCGGUGGAUCCAUCCUGGCUUCCCUGUCCACCUUCCAGCAGAUGUGGAUCUCCAAACAGGAAUACGACGAAUCCGGCCCUGGCAUCGUCCACCGCAAGUGUUUCUAAGCGACUCGAAUGCAUUUUUUAUCACGAACAAAUUGUUGUCAUUGUAUUAUAUUACAUCUAAUAUGCAAAAGUGGUUGUACUGCCAAGACAGACUGUUUAACAUCUUUUAUUACCAUCUUAAUAUAAUUGUAUAUUUAUUUUGUUUGUUAUAUAUUAUACCUUAUAUUGUAAAAGUUUGAUUUUUAAUACGACAGGACGGGCUCGCAAUAUCUCGAAAUAGCCCGUCCAAACACUUGUAUGUAAUUUUAGAGGCGACUUUCCAUCACGUUAAUAUACAUAUUACUAUGUUACGAGCAAAUCUACUUAUCGUAUUUUUUAAUAAAAUUUUGACACUGUUACCUGCCUCACCUUUCAUUUUCCCUCGACAUUCUUCCGUACAAAACACACAUUUUGUACGAAACAAUGUCCCCUUCUGAGCUACCCGAUAAAAAUACUCUCAAGCCAAAUAAAGCAAAGAAACCGAAUAUCCGAGUAAACAUUGCACCAGAAUUAGCAUCUAAAAAAAAAUAACAUCAGCCGGCCUAAAAAUAAAUGUUAAAGAGCGCAAGGAAAUGACUUAAUAUGUCUACAUCAUCUCGGGAAAGGUACAGCAAAUCAACGUCACAGCGGUGAGAGUAUUUAUAUCUAGAAGCUGGAAAUAGUCCGAAUCGUUUCUGAAUCCCAAACGCUGGCAUUCUGUAAUAUUCGGGUGCGUUGGGAUUUAUAAAUAGAUCCGAACUGCUUAUAUGGUAACACUUUCCGUUGCCCCCUUUUGAUAAACAUUCAGAAUUCCGGCGGGUAUAAGCGUGCCAGCAGAACACGCUGCUUUGUGUACACUGCAUUGUUAGAUCACUGAAUGUGUGAAGCCAGCUUUAUGUCAUUUUUAAAAACGAGCCGUCUAAUAGAUACUCUAACGAUACAUUUCCGAGAAGGUGGGUUCAUGCUAAUUUUAAACAUCGUUUUUGUGGACCUUAUUUCUUCAUAGUCAAGUAGAAGUAUCACUUUGAUAAAUCAGAGCUUUUAUUUAUUUAUUUAUUUAUUUAUUUAUUUAUAUACAGUUUGGGGUGUUAACAGGUAAACCCAACACACACCCUCAGUGAACUAAAACUAAACAUAAAAUAUCGUAUACAUAUACAUGUAUUACAUUAUUGAAUACUUCAAUAUUAAUAUUUUUUUCACCUCCGAUAUUGUUGUAAGAACAUAAACUGAGUGAGUAGUUCUAAUUAUAAGCAAUAAACUAUUAAUUAAACUUUUUUAAUAAAAGGAGUAUACAUAAUUUAACAUUUACUUACGUUUAAUUAAAACUGAAAUCAAAAGUAAAUUGAAAUUAUACCACAAAUGAUAUUGGAGGUGAUAACUUGAGUUAUGUAAAAAAAUAAAACAUUUCUAUUUUAGUCUGCCA